CCUAUUCUAACUUGAAACCACCCAUGACACUAACUACAAACCUCUCAAACAAACUCAAAAUAUGAUCCACAACACUACAUUGCUGCAUCACCCAAUUUAGAUUAGAGGAGUGGCAUGGAUAACUUCAAAGGAAUCACUACUACAUUGUGCAUUUUCUGGCUCAUUACAUUGUCCCAUGAGAUUGUCGCCACGGUUGGAGACGGACACCAAUCCGAUGUUGAAAAUAAGGAACAAAAACCAUCUGCUACUGAGGUUGUAAGAGACAUAUACGCUCUAAUCACAAGAUCCACUGUAAGUUCUUGGGACAAAGUCAAGUCUUUUAUCAAUGAAAUGCAGACACAAUUUGUUCCUCCAGAUUUAGAUUUCAGAAAAAGAUAUGGAGAUAAGUUUGAAAGUGGUGGUGGUGGAGAAAAGAUGAAAGAGGCAGCUGAGAAAAGUUUCGAAACGAGCAAAGUGACAGUGGAAGAAUCUGCUAAAUCGGCAGCCAAGGUAAUGGGAGAAGCAAUGCACAAGACGACCAAGAAGGUGAGGGAGACCGUCUCUGAUGCAGAUAAUGAUUCCCAUGACGAGCUUUGAUUGAUGCUUUGUGUCUAGUUUCAGGCACUUGCUGGUUGUAAAUCUCUACUCCCUUAUGUUUUACUUAAAAUUUCAUGACCAUGGAUAAUAAACUAUGAUUAUGAAGAGGGAAAGAAAAAAAAGAAGAGGUGGUCGCCUUGCAUUGGAAUGAGGCUGUUUCAAGUUAUAGUAAAACUAGGAAUACA